AUGGCUAAAGAGUGUCAUGUGUGUUUACUGUGGCUGAUCAUUCUCUGUCCACUUCCCACAGGUACCAGUGGAGCAGAAGAAACUCAUGUGUUCUUCAGUUCUGGUGAAAAUGUCCGUCUGCCUUGUAAUAAUGCUCUUUCUGACUGCACAUCAACUGUUUGGAACUAUAACAGACAUUCAGAGACGGUUGAACUGGUUGCUGGAGGGUCACUGAAGACAGACAUAAUGAGACGUGAGAGACUGAGUCUGGGCUCUGACUGCUCUCUGAACAUCAAGAAAGUCAAAAAAGAAGAUUAUGGAUUUUACAUCUGCCAACAAUAUGUGAAUGGAGAACAAUAUGGACCUGCUGCACGUGUUUAUCUGCAGGCUCUUCAUGUCUCUUCAUCACUCUCUCAGACUGGGAUCAGAGCAGGCAGAUCUGUGACUCUCUACUGUCAGCUGGAUCUUUAUGCAUCCACUUGUGGUGAUUUGGUAAAUUAUGAAGGAUAUCAGCUAAUGUGGGUGAAUCAGGCUGGUGAGAAUCUGAUGAAAGACUCCAGAUAUCAGAUAUCGGAUAACUUCUCAAGUCGCUGUAUGAUAACUCUGACAACAAAACUCUUAAAAGAAGAUCACAACAGAGAAUGGAGAUGUCAGCUUACUCAGAGAAAUCAACUAAAGACCUCAGCCUCAUUCACUGUCAAGUACUCAGUAGCAUCAACUACAACAACAGCAGCACUGAUUCCAGUUGCUACAACAAACUCUGUGAUGACAAGUAGUCAAGUACCAAGACUACCAGAUGAUAAAGGCAUGUAUCACAUACAUUUUUGCAAACUCUCCUUCAAAUAGGACAUUUGUUACUUUCCUGAUAUAUGAUCUAUUGUAUGACCCAAAAAGUUGUGAUUUGUGUAGAUCAAUUGGUACAUCCAUUGCUUUAUUGUAGCACUGCACAAUCAUGGAAUCAAUUUCAUGAAACACACAUUCUUAACAGUUAAACAUUUAAAAAGUGCAAAUAAUGUUCCGUAGCAUUUACAAAAAUCAUGUGGAGGUAAGGCAUCACUAGAAGAGGGCUUCAAGAUUAUUCAAAGCACAAUACAUUUAAAAAAAAAUACAAAAUAAGCUGAAAUGUCUUCAAUAAAAUAUAAGAUUAAUUUGACGUAUAGUGUAACAGAAAUUAGCUCAUUUUAUGAAUAUUAAUAAUCAACAAUAACGGUUUAUUCUUAAUUAUUAAUAUUCCGGCUUAAGCUUCAGUCAAUUUGGUCGAACAAACAUAUGAUGGUAUAUAAUCCUGCCCGCUCAACGGAGCGGACUCUCAGAUUAAGAAUAUUAAUUAUCAACAAUAAAGAAUUAUUAUUAAUCAUUAAUAUUCUGGAUCAAUUUAUUGUUAAUUUGACCAAACAAACACAAGCAGAGCCGCAGAGCGGCCACGGCAAUGGUCUAUUCAUUUAGAAAAAGGGAAUUUAAUUGCUACUUCUUGUGAAGUAGAUUAAUCAUUCAUAAGUUUUAAACAACUUAUAAUAGCUAGGCAGGGGA